AUGCCAUCCAGUCCUUGGAUGCGGAAAGCCGUGCUGGGCUCAAAACUCGGCGACUAUGUCAAGUACUUGUUAGUGAGCGAAAACAUGAGCGAUGUCCAGUUCGCGGUGGGGCGUGAUUAUGGAGCCGUGAAGAUGUUUCCAGCUCACAGGGUCAUAAUGGGAGUGCGCAGUCCUGUUUUCUACACGAUGUUCUACGGAAGUUUGCCCGAUAACUGCGCAUCUCCUGUCGAAAUCCCCGACGUUCAUCCGGACGCUUUCGCCAACAUACUCAGCUACUUGUACACCGAUGCGGUGGGGAACUUUACCCGGGAUAACGUCUUCCACACAGUGGACUGCGCGGACAAAUACGACUUGCCAUUGCUGGUAGCCAUGUGCACCGAAUUUGUCCGGGAUGUGCUCAACAUCAACAAUUGCCUGGAUAUACUGGAUAAGGCGUUGCACUACACGAAUAUUGCGCCAAGUAUCCUGGAAAACUGUUUGAGCCUGAUUGAUGAAUCACCAAAAUCUGUCUGGCAGCCGGUUCGGUUCAGUGCAACCGGACACGAUGCCCUAAGCGCCAUUCUCAACCGGGACACUCUGACCGCCAACGAAGAUACCAUCUGUGCGGCGGUUGACAAGUGGGCCACCAACAUGUGCACACAGAAGAAUCUGGACCCUUCCUCCACCAAUCGGCGUGAAGUAUUGGGUCAGGCGUUGUUUCAAAUCCGGUUUCCGCUCUUAACGGAUAUGCAGCUACUGGAUGGGCCCGUAAAGAGCGGUUUGUUGCUGCAAUCGGAGUUACUGGACAUCUACCACUACAAGCACGCCACCAUCAAACCGCAGCUGCCGUUUUCGACGAAACCCCGACACAGUUCAUGGGCGCGCUGA